AUGCGUUUCUCAUUCGUCGCUAUCGCCUCCGCCAUCGCCGCCACCUCCAUGGUCAUGGCCGCCCCCAUCCGCCACCCCUCCAAGCACGGCAAAGCCACGGACAUCGAAAUCCUCAACUUUGCCUUGACCCUCGAGCACCUUGAGUCCGAGUUCUACACCCAGGGUCUCCACAAGUUUGGCCCCGACGCCUUUGCCGACUACCACCUCGACCACAAGAUCCGCGAACGCUUCGUUCACAUUGGUGAACACGAGUCAACCCAUGUCACAGUCUUGACCAAGGUUAUUGAGUCCCUGGGUGGUAAACCCGUCCCCAAGUGCACUUACAAGUUCCCGCUCGAUAACCUCAAGACCUUUAUUGGUGUCGCCCGCGCCCUCGAGAAUACUGGUGUCUCUGCAUACACUGGCGCCGCUGCCGGGAUCAAGUCUAAAGAUCUGUUGACGGCCGCUGCCAGUAUCGUGACUGUCGAAGGUCGUCAGUCCUCAUUCUUGAACGAGCUCGUGGGUGAGGAGGGAGCUCCCUACUCGUUCGAUACACCUUUGACCGCCCGUGAAGUUUUCACGCUCGCGGUCAACUUUAUCGAAUCGUGUCCUUUCGACUUGGGUGUGACCCCCUUCACCCAGUUGAAGGCUUCGAUCAAGGGUGACAAGGUCGAGACGUCGUAUGAGGGUGAGGUUAAGGGUCGUCAAGAGUGGUGCCAGUUCUUGUAUAACAACAAGAUGGUUGUCUCGCGUCGCCAAGAGUGCAAGCUUCCCCCAACUGUCAAUGGGUAUGUCUAUGUUGUCAUCACGGACACAGCGACCCCCAUCACCCUCAAAGAUGAGGACCGUAUCCUUGCCGGACCUGCUCUUCUCUUCCGUGGCGACCACUAA